ACACUCGCUCGCUCGGCGCCUCCGCUACUUAAACAGCUUGCUCCACAGUACUCUCCACACACCAGUCCAGUCCAGUCCAGGGGCUCCAGCACGUAAGUACGACCUCCAGUCCAGUCCAGGCUCCAGCACGUCGCUCGCCACAUCUCAGACUAGCCACUCACGUGGUUCAUGGAGUCUCCGCAGAAGAAGGCUGCAUCCAUGGACGGCAGCAAGAGCAAGACGACGGCUCAUCUGCUGCCGGUGACCGUGGCCAAGAAGACGCCACGUCCGGAUCAUGUCCGAUGGGUCAGCGCGUGGGCGCUCUUCACCGCCAGCGUCUUCGCCUUCUCCUUCGCCGUGGGCUCUGCAAUCGCCUACGCACUCGACCAUUUCCACGUCGCCUGCAGCCAGUCCUCCUUCUUCCUCCGGUGCGACCAGCUGACGGACGCGGCGGAAGCCGUGGUGAAUGCCCUAGGGACCGGGAUGCUGUGCUGCGCCGCGCUCCAGGCGGCCGCGGCGGUGCUGGCGCUGCGGCUCCGUUGCCGCCGUCGCUCCCUCGCCUACCUCGCGCUCGCGCUCACCAUCGGCGGCCACUGCAUCUACGCCGCCAUAGCCCACCUCUUACUCGUCGCCGACCCAGGAGACCUCUUCUUCGGGAUCAGCUUCGCGGUGAGCAUCGUCUUCUUCGCGGCGGGAGACAUCAUCAGCUUCGUGUCCCUCCUCCGCGGCGGCGAGGACGAGGAGUAGGACUGGGGAGCAGGGCAAGCAGCGGAUCAUGUCCAUGGAUCAACUCCUGGGGUACUGAUAAGUGACUAAUUGACUACUGAAUAAUGAGUGCACUAAUGUAGAGUAUGCAUUUUGCUAGCUGUGAGCGAUUGAUCGAAUGCCGUAUGCGUGAAUCGAAUCUACUAGUGAUUGUAUGGAUUAUGUUAGUUUGUGUAGUGCAUGUGUUACCCUGAAUUGUGACCGUCUUUGAUGCAGUACUAGUAUUCGACCUUUUCUCUAUAUGACCAGACAGACAUCAUUUAUAUGCUCAUUUACCCAGCUUCGGUAUAAAUGAUGUUGGUGAGAUUGUCACUGCAUCCAGUAUAUGUUUGUUAACCAUUGUUUUUCA